CCGCAAGCAGGCGUCGAUUCAAUUCCAGGACGAAAAAAGCGCCCAGCGGGCGGCGCCGUCUGUAUAAUUCCCGCGCCCGCAUUGGCCCAACAUUCCGUAUUACCCACGAGCCCGCCGUGGGCUCGGCCAAUCCGGCGACUCUGGGCGGAUCUUAAAACCAGUUUCAGUUUCGCGGACAGAGGGGAGUCGUUGACUCGAGUCUCUGGGCAGAUAGUAUUGUGCCGUUGGCUCAUGCCGUAGUGGUCUUAAUACCAGCAGGUCCUUGCUAUCAAGGAAAUCCCGGAGACCCGCCUGUCACGCGCACGUAUUCGAGGGCCGCGAAAACCCGGAAGUUUCUCCGGUGAUGCGUCGUGGCUGGGAAAGUGUUGCGAACGUGCGUAACUCGGUGAAUCGAUCCCAGCGUGCACAAAAUUUUGGAGUACACCAAGAAGAAUUGCUCCAGUGGAAUUGUGAGACUUUUUAGUGACGUUAUAAAUCAGAGACCUUAUAAUGAACUUUUGGAAAGACGUUGGUGGUCAUCAGUCUUCAAUCAACGACCAUAGCAAGUGAAGGAAUGGCUUUCAUACAUGAUGAAAUCGUCGAUCAUUUGGAAUAAUCGAUCAUAGAUAUUCAAUAUAUUAUAGUUUAAUUGUUGUGAUACUGGUUGAAUUAAGUCAGAAAAAUUGUGCGUUUAGAAGCUGGGUACGUUGUUAAGUUAACCGACGGCUGAUAGAAUUCUACCAGUUCGACAGGCAAUUUGAUAUAUACAAAGUUACAAAAUAUGUGGAAUAUUGUUAUCGACACUUUGAACCACGGAUUAAUCUAUAAAUCUUUGAACUUUAAGAAUAUGUAAACUAUCUCCAUUUGAAAGCAAUAAGAAUCUUGGGUUAAUUCACUGUUUUUUAAGAUAAUCGUCUUUUUGAGAAGAUCAAUGAUUAAGAUGGACCUGCGUAACGAUCUAAAAGACUUAGAAUGGAAGGUACAAAAACCCGUUUGAAACAGCGAGAUCAAUACAUUUACAAACAUUUUCUCAAUGAUCAUCACAAACAAGUGACUUAUAGGCAGUGAUGGUCUAUGGACUGUAUCGGUUAGUGAUCAUGCUUUGAAGAGUUUGAAAUGGAAGACGUAAACGCGCGUUGACUGGAAACAUCUAACGGCGCCAGAUAACCUCCAAUCUCGCAUCCUUUGACAGACACAUGACUCCAGUGUACCAGUGAUCAGGUGACUCCUUCUUCUCCUGGUGAUCGGGCUUCGCUGAUCCCAGGGAUUGAUGCGAGCGGACUGAUCGCUCUCCGUGGGAGAGACGAACGGCGGCGAGUUGGUACCGAAGAUGGUCUUGGAGCCUGGAGGUGGUCUGUCCUUUCCGUUGCCUCCCGGCAGCGGCUCCAGCGCCUCCGGAGGAUCCUUGCUGGCCCCGACCAGGUUGUUCCAAAGGACGACGCCUGUUUUUCCAUUCCACUUGGCAGGAUGGCCGCCGCAUCAUCCGGUACUGGGUCAGGUGCAGAGCCAGGUCCAGCAGAGCAUGCAGGCCCAGCAUCAGGCCGCUGCCGCGGCGGUCAGAUUUCUUAGUCAUCAUCACCCGCAUCAUCCGCAUCCGACGUUGAGCAAUCAUUCCCUGGUACCGGCGAUCACCGGACAUCAUCCUAAUGUACAUCAUCUGCAUCACGCUGCUGAUCAUGGAGAGGAAGAGGAUGAAAAGAAAGGUUGCGACGGGGAAUCGGAUGAGGGCGGCAACAAGAGGCGAAGAAGCAGGACUAACUUCAACAGUUGGCAGUUGGAGGAAUUGGAACGGGCCUUCCUGUCGAGUCAUUAUCCUGACGUCUUUAUGCGAGAGGCACUGGCUGUGAGACUCGAACUAAAAGAGAGCCGCGUGGCAGUGUGGUUCCAAAAUCGAAGGGCAAAGUGGCGGAAGAAGGAGCACACGAAGAAGGGCCCCGGUAGGCCGGCGCAUAAUGCUCAUCCACAGAGCUGCAGCGGCGAACCUAUCCCACCCGAGGAACUGAGACGGAAAGAGCGCGAGAGGCGACAGAAGAAGUUGCUGAAAGCUCUCGAGAGACAGCAACGGAAGCUCGCUGCUAAAGGCAUUACAGUGGACUUAUCGACAUUGCGUGCCGAGUGGGAGUCUCGUAGCGAGGCGGCGUCGGGUCGCAGUUCCGGGAGCGGUCCUCUGAGCAACUCGUUCGGCCAACUGGGUUUGAGUAACGAGAGCAACAUAUCCACAUCCGGUAUUGACGCCAACGACCAGGAGAUCGACGUGGUCGGCGGGUUGGACUCUUGCAGCGAGAGCGACAGCGAGCGAGUAGACUCGGCAGCCGACGGCUCUGUGGACGGCGAGUGUUUCCUCAACAGUAACGCGAGCGAGACCAGCGAACCCCGGAAAACCCCGCAGAAUUUACCUAUGGAUCACCUGAAUCACCAGCCCGGCAUACAUCACUGGGGUCUGAGCUUGCUGGAGCGACGGCGCGAACUGGUGGGAGUCGGGGCGGGUCGUCAACCGGCCGGUAACGGCGCCAGGAAUCUGAUCAGGCAGGCCGCCAGCGAGGAGGAAGUCCAGAGCGGCAGCAUCGAUCUCUCGGUGAAGGGCAGGGAGGAGAGGAAGAGGCUGAACCCGUUCUCCAUCGAUAGUCUCUUGGGGAACAAUCGGACUAGCGCGGCAUCGGAUCGCAGGCCAGCGACGCCGACAUCGCCGACGUCCCCCGUUUCGUCGGCUUGCACAUCACCCUCCACGACGUAGUGAACAGGCGGGGAGAGGCGCCCAGAAGUGUGCCGAGGAUUAAAAGUUUCACGCAGUCGAGGAUGGCGAAGAGAGUGCGAUCAAGGAGCCCGGUAACUUGUCGUUGAGCUUACCGAUGAUGGUGAAGUGACAGUCGGAAUGACGAAGAGGAAAACUGGUACUCUUGGUCGUGAAUUCGCGCGGGGAGGAAUCAGCUACGGUAACGUUUUUCCGUUUCUGCCAGGGUUCCCUGUCGCUUUGACUGAAGUCGCUAGAUUCAUGAAUAUUCUCGCGUACUUGUAGACAUUCUUAUGUCCAUCGAUAAGCGGAUUCUAGGUUCUCGACGUUCUGAAGUCUUUGAGAGUCAGUCACGAAUUUGAAGCCAAAGGUAAUUAAAGAAAAGGAAAAAAAUAGAUAAAUUGAAUAUUAGAUAAAUGAAAAAAUUCGCAGGUUAUAUCAUUAUUGAUUAAUUCUGGGACUCUUUGACUCUGAAGGAAUUCGGGGAUUUAGGUAUUGCGCCAUCGAUACGGAUACCGGCAAGACUUAUAUCAUUUCGACAUAUCGAAUGCAUGCGUGACCGUAGUAGAUCGAGUGCGUUUGAUUUCGUCCAUUGUGUCUCGUUUUAAAGAAGAGAAAAUGGAAAAAAUGUGCAAUAAACGCAGGCUGGCUAACUAGGUGGCUUGUCUGACUUUGUCGGUAAGACAGAAAAAGCGAGAAAAUGAGUAAGUAAAUGAGUAAAUGAGUGAGUGAGAGAGAGAGGGAAGAGAGAGAGAGAGAGAGAAAGAGAGAGAGAGAGAGAGAAAGAGAGAGAGAGAGCGUGCGUGUGUGUGUGAGUUAAAGAAAAAAGAGAAACAGAGAGUGCGAGUGCAUAUACGCGUGUAUUUAAUGUAAAUAGUGGGAAGGAGGUCCGUUUAUUUAAUUUUCGAGUAGUCGAUACCCCAGUGUUCGUCGAUCGCGGAUAUUAUUUAAAGCAAUAGAGCGGGGGUUCUCAGCUCAUUACACACACCUUACGAUUGGUUCGAUGAAAAUUAUUAGAGCAGCCACUCGUUAAUACGACUUGAAAUUCUAUAGGGGAGAUAGACUGGCAAAACAAAUAACUUUUUCCAGCGUUUUUGUUUAUAAUAGCGCAGUGGUUAAGGAUAUAUAUCGUGAGAUGUCACUUCAGUUUGGCAAAGAGACGAAGGUAAAACCAAAAUGCUAUUGAGGACCUCUGCGAUAGGAGUUUGUUUGGCGUUGUAUAUAAACUCUAAGAUCCUAAACGAGCGUGAGUACGAUACGGUACAAAAAUUUGCUGUCCCUCCAACCCGUAAGCAAUGUUGAUCUAUAAGCUCGGUUUAGGGUUGAUUAGGGGUGAUUAAGAGUUGCCAUACGAUGAUCCGGAAUAUGCGAAAAACCAGUACCUAUCAUAUAUCCAUUAAAAAUAUAUUAAUUUAUUCUCCAGAC